AUGUGGAGGUUUGAUGUCUCUGCUGUUUAUCCCAAUCAGAAGAAGCUCAGCACCUUCACGGAGGCCCCAUACUUCAAUCGGUAUUCUAGGGCGCUGUCCCACAUAGGGCCUGGAACCUACAGCUCAUCGGAUACCUGCUUCAGCAAGAAGAAGCUGAAGAAGGAGAUGGGCACAGGCUGGGCCAAGGCCCAGGAGGCCACCCGGCUGACUCAGAUGCCCCAUUUCCAGUACCAGGCCAUCCUGAAGGAGAAGCGGCAGCAGGAGCAAAAACUGGGUCCUGGCUCCUACAACUUCAAAGAUUUCUUAGAACUGCUGGAGCAGAAACCAUGUAGCACUCGGGGGCUGCUCAGCUCCGGGGAGAUUCGCUUUCGAGGAAUCAUUGGGAACUACUAUCCCGGCCCUGGGAAUUACGGGGAGAAGGGCAACCCCUACACGAAGCUGGAGGAGAAUGCCUGGAACCGGUCCCAUUCCGAGGGCCUCAUGUGCAGGAUGACCAACAAGCCAAUCUCCGUGACUCGUGAGGGGAGUGGCCUGGGACCCGGCACCUAUUUCUUCAAAAGUGGCAUCGAGACAUACCUGGCACGAUCCAUGGGCACCCGUGGUCCCUAUGAUACUUUCUCCGGUGACCGAGGCAAGCCCCUGCCUUAUGGACAUUACUCCAUGCAGAAAAAAAAGCCCAGGGAACUGAUGAAUUUCAAGAGCUUCACAGAUGAACUUAACUCACGUUACAAUAAGAAGCGUGGGGUUUUUUCAAAAGUUCCCCGAAACCCAAAGACCCCUACAGAGAGGAUUUACUGGUCUACCCUCAGCCAAUGCCCCCGAACACUGGCCACAGCUGGCCCUGGCAACUGGCUUCCACCAGAGAAACCGAAACACACCAACCAACCACCAUUCCUGCUGUCCUCCAAGCGGUCCAGCCCACAGACCGGCCACACUGUUAUGGGAAGCUGGAACCCAGUAGGGGUGGGCCGCUACCUUAACACCUGGCUGAUGGAGACAAAGGACAGGCGCCAGCGCUAUCGGUCCCUGUACCUGGGUGAAUCCAAACGCUACCUCUCGGACCCGACGCGGGACGUGAUCCUGCAGGAAAGGAUCACACCUUUUACUAAGGGGAAGUGCUCUCCAACUGUGGAUUACAAUUCCGAUCCUACUCCUUAA